AUGAGGUUCUCAUCCAUUCUGUCGCUUGGCGGCCUGGCCGUCCAGUCCGUCUCCGGUCUCCCCGGAACUCUCGAGAAGAGGGUCAACGUUGAUCAGUGGAUCCAGCAGGAGCUGCCCAUUGCCCGGGCCCAGCUUCUGUGCAACAUUGGCCCCAACGGCUGCAACUCUGCCGGUGUCGCCUCGGGUCUCGUUAUCGCCUCGCCCAGCAAGUCGGACCCUGACUACUUCUUCCACUGGACUCGCGAUGCUGGUCUUGUUUUCAAGGCCAUCAUUGACCUGUUCGUCGAGAACUACGAUGCGGGUCUCCAGCAAAACAUCCAGAACUUCAUUGUCGGCCAGGCCAAGCUGCAGACUGUCAACAACCCUUCCGGCAGCUUCUCGAGCGGCGCCGGUCUUGGCGAGGCCAAGUAUCUCGCCAACGGAGCCCAGUUCACCGGUGACUGGGGCCGCCCCCAGCGCGACGGCCCGGCUCUUCGCGCUAUCGCCCUGAUUAAGUACUCCAAGUGGCUCAUUGCCAAUGGCUACACCUCGACCGCCAACACCGUCGUCUGGCCCAUCAUCAGGAACGACCUGGCUUACGUCACUCAGUACUGGAACCAGACCGGUUUCGACCUGUGGGAGGAGGUUCAGGGCUCGUCCUUCUUCACCAUCGCCUCCCAGCACCGCUCCCUCGUCGAGGGUGCUGCUCUCGCCCAGCAGCUCGGCCAGACCUGCAACGGCUGUGCCGGCAUCGCUCCCCAGAUCCUCUGCUUCCAGCAGCGUUUCUGGAACCCUUCUCAGGGCUACGUCAUCUCCAACAUCAACGGUGGCAGCUACCGCAACGGCAAGGAUGCCAACUCUAUCCUCACCUCCAUUCACAACUUCGACCCUGUCCUCGGCUGCGACGCUUCCACCUUCCAGCCCUGCAGUGACCGUGCUCUCUCGAACCACAAGGUUGUGACCGACUCUUUCCGAUCCAUCUACGGCAUCAACAACGGCAAGGGCCAGGGCCAAGCCGCUCUGAUCCCCGGCAUCUCCACCGGCACCUACGCUUCCACCUCCUCGACCUACACUUCGAUCCUCUCCGCCGUCAAGGCCUACGCUGACGGUUACGUCGAUGUCGCCGCCACCUACAUCCCCGGCGGUGGCAACAUUGCCGAGCAGUACAACCGCAACACGGGCCAGCCCCUCUCUGCUCGCGAUCUCACCUGGUCUUACGCCUCGUUCCUGACCGUCGCUCAGCGUCGCCGCGAGGUUGUUGGUCUCGGCUGGGCCAACUCUGCCGCCAGCGUCGUCCCCAACACCUGCUUCGCGACGUCCGUCCAGGGCUCGUACACCAGCGCCACCGCGACCAGCUUCCCGGCCAACCAGACUCCCGCCACCGGAGCCCCGACGGGCACUGCCACGACUGCGACCGCCCCGGCUGCCACCACCACGGCCGCCUGCGUCCCCCCCGUCAACGUUGACAUCACCUUCAACGCCCGCGUCGUCACCCAGUUCGGCCAGACUGUCAAGAUUGUUGGCAACAUUCCUCAGCUCGGCAACUGGAACACGGCCAACGCCAUCUCCCUGAGCGCCUCCCAGUACACCUCCUCCAACCCCGUGUGGAGCGGCACCCUGAGCCUGCCCGCCGGCCAGGCCAUCCAGUACAAGUACAUCAACGUCGCCUCCAACGGCGCCGUUACUUGGGAGAAGGACCCCAACCGCUCUUACAGCAUUCCCUCGGCCUGCGGCACCACCAGCGCCAUCAGGACCGACUCCUGGCAGGCUUAA